UGCGUUUUCCUCUUUCUUUAUAAUCCUCCGAAUACAUUAUUCACUGUAGCUGACCUGAAAAUGGCGACUCAAAUUGAAUUCUUCGAUCUGAUAAUAAGCAAAUCGCAGAUUCCAUCGGUAGGUCUGGGAACAUGGCAAUCGGAACCUGGUCUCGUUGGCCAAGCUGUUUCUAYUGCCGUCAAGGCUGGGUACCGMCACAUCGAUUGUGCCCAAGUUUAUGGCAACGAAAAAGAGAUUGGUGUAGCUUUGAAGCAGCUCUUUGAUGAUGGUGUGGUGGAACGACAAGAUCUGUUUAUUACCUCUAAACUCUGGUGUAAUGAUCAUGCCCCGGAAGACGUACCAUUGGCAUUGGACAGGACUUUGCAAGACUUGCAGCUUGACCAUGUUGAUUUGUACCUUAUUCACUGGCCGGUACGGACAAAGAAGGGGGCUGCGGGGUUCAAACCUGAAAAUUUUAUCCCAACCGAUWUACCUGCCACAUGGAAAGCAAUGGAAGCACUCUAUGAUUGUGGCAAGACCCGAGCUUUAGGCGUUAGCAAUUUUUCAUCAAAGAAAUUGGGAGAUUUGUUGGAGGUAUCGCGAAUUCGCCCUGCUGUGAAUCAGGUGGAGUGCCAUCCUUCGUGGCAGCAAACCAAACUGCGGGAAUUCUGUAAAUCUAAGGGUGUUCAUCUUUCCGCAUAUUCACCACUCGGUUCUCCUGGCACGAAAUGGCUCAAGAGCAAUGUACUGCAGCAUCCCAUUCUGACAAUGGUUGCGGAAAGAUUAGGGAAGACGCCUGCACAGGUGGCUCUCCGUUGGGGUUUGCAGAUGGGUCAUAGCGUACUUCCAAAGAGUACGAAUGAAGCACGUAUCAAAGAGAACUUUGCCAUUWUCGAUUGGUCCAUUCCAGAUGACUUGUUCACGGAGUUGUCUAAAAUCGAGCAGGCACGACUUMUCAGAGGGGAAUUUCUUGUCAAUGAGACCUACAGCCAGUAUAAAACCGUUGAAGAACUCUGGGACGGUGAGAUCUGAAAAAUAGGAGAACUUAAACGAUUCUAGUUGUGUUUAUUUUCGUCAUUUUCGUAAAAACAAUGCAAAUAAACCAGGACUGAUGUCAAAAUCCUGGAAUCAAAGGACAGUUUGAAGUUUACUCUGGUGGCAUCAUGGUUUAGGAGAAACUGAUAAGGUUAUGUUAUGUUCRUUUCUGCAUUUGGUACACGGAGACUAAGACAUAGCAAAAAUCUGUUGUCUCACGUUUGACUCAACAAUGGAAUUCKGGUAGAACGGGAUCGAGUGACAUAAAAAUGCAUGUUUUCUAUCUC